GUUCAGCAGCGCAGUCACUGAGCUGAUCGUUCAGUGUGUGUGUGCUUUAGUGCAGUUUCCACGUGAACAAGUGAACCGGCACAUUGUUUAUCUAAAGCUUUGUGUCUGUGGUGUGAAAAUGGCUCCUAAACGUGUAAAGAGUGAUCGGGAUGGAAAUAAACAGUGGGAAGCAGCUCUGAGCUGUGCUGUGCUGCAGGAGGAGUGUUGGCAUGUGUGUGUGUCUCUGGUGGUGUGUGACAGUGUGUAUGAUGAGGUGUGUAUGAGAGCUCUAUGUCAUGCCAUACAGCAGCCUCUCCGCCGCCUCUUCACCCUGCUGUCCUGGGAGAACCUUCUGCAGAAGAUUAAUGAUCUUGGGAACCCAAAGACGAGGAAGACCCAAGAGCUCCCUGCAUUUUAUGAGGUGACAGAGGUGGCGAGGUCGGUGUUGGACUCAGGAGAUCAGCUUUCUGUUGAUUUAUUGGCAAAAUUAGUGAAGUUUCAACUGCUGGACAUCAAGAACACUGAUAUACAGAGAAGAGCUGCAGUACAGAAACAGGCAGCAGAUUCAGUGUCUCAUGUUAGAGAGAAAAGUGCUAAAGGCUCAGCGAAAGGAGAAAAAGGUAAAAAUGCAGCAGAAGCUUUACCUCCACAAAAAGAGACCAAACUGAAACGUAGAGGAGACGAAGACACCAGCAGCUACAUCGAUGAUGAACCAGAUGAUGGCCCACAACACUAUGUCCUCAUGACGGGUUUCCAUCAGCCGAGUCUCAUCUCUGCAUUAGACUCUCUUGGUGUUCAUGUCUCCAACGUCAUCAGACUGAAAUCAGACAGAAGUCAGAGCUCACUCGUGCCUCUGGAAGAAGAAAGAAGCGACACGUCAGAAGAACAUGAGUUCCCCACUGGUGUGUUGGAUCUUCAGCAGGAGCUCAGCGUGUUCUGGGAUCAACUGGAUGGAGUUUUGAACAGCGCUGGCUUCCUGUCCCGAAUGUCCGACAUCGCUCAGCUGGACUACAGAGUGGACCAGAACCUGCUGAGUCGUGAUUUAAACAAAGCUGAGGAAAUGCAGGAAGUGGGCGUGGCUGUGUAUGAGGGUGUGGCCUGUUUGCUGUAUGACAGUUUGGAUUGGAGGAGGCAGCAUGAACACUACCUGAGCAGAAUGAGACUGAUCCAUAUCCCAAACAUCCACACACCUGAACACAGCAUUCAACCUGAUAGACCUGCUGAGGCUCUAACUGUGAUGAAGAGAGCAGAGAGACGAUCAGAGUUCCAGGGUGUGGAUAUGGAUCUGAGGCUGUACUCUGAUCUUCUGGACAAAAUUCCUCUGCAGUGUGUCUCGGUUCCUCUCGUGCUGCACUGUCUGAUAGAGCAGGUGGUUUCAUCAGAACAGGAAGAGUGCGGCGGCUCGGUGGAGUCAGACUCGAGAUCAGACCUGGAGUGUGAUUUAAUCAGCUACAUGAUGCAGUCUGUGAGCGGUCUACCUCCAGGGCAGCAGGAGAACAGAGACCUGAUGGAGUAUUUUGGGCUUAAGGAGAAAGAUCAAAGUGAAAGUACAGAGAGAAACCUCACCCUGCUGUAUCAUCACAAUGAGAUAUCAAAGAGACUCCACUAUAUACCUGUGUUAGACAGUUUGGAUGCAGUGAGUGUUGAGGUGUAUAUGAUAAAGAAGAGUUCUGUACUGAACACUCUAAUGUCUAAACAUCUUAAAACCAGCAGCCUUAAUAAAGCCAGGAGACAUGAACUACUGCACUACUGUUCCAUCGACUCUCUGAGCUCUGGUGAUGUUCAGAUGCUCCUCCAGCUGUGUGUGUUUGAGAGCAUGCCCCUGACAGCAGUAGAUGAGAGUGGACGUUACACACACACAGGGUUACACACACCGUUACCAUGGGACGACCCCGUGACCUUCACACACACCGUCUACCGUGGCCUUGACACCACUCACGAAUGUAGAGCUGUGUGUGACAAGCAGCAGAAAAAUACAUUUAGAGUAGAAGACUUACAGAAGACGCUGAUUCGACACUUCAGACACUGGAACUUCACUGAACAUCACAAUGCUGACGUCUUACCUCAGGUUAUGCAGACGGUGUCUGAGUCAUACAGAUGUCUGGAUUCAUUUCAUAGCACUCAGUCGAACAUCACCUACAUCAUCUGCCACAAUCCCAUGAGUUCUGAGAGGAGCAGCAGAGAAUCAUGGGAAGUGUUUCUGCACACUGAUGUGAGGUUCAGGAGCUACCUGGAGAACGUAGCAGAGUCCAUCAGAGACUGGAGCAGAGCAGAGGAGGAGAGACAACAACAACAACAACAACAACAACAACAACAAGAGACAGAGGCAAUGGAUACAACAACGAAAGGAGUGUCGGUGGUGUCUCCAUUGCAGUCAGAGGUGUUUAUAAGACAUGACUCUCUGAAAGCGUGGAAGCUGGAGCAGGACAGACAGAAGGAUGAAGAGGUGAUGGGGAAGAUGAAGAAGGAGAAAGGAGGGAAUUAUUCAGCUAAAGGAGGAGAGAGUUCAGAGUCGACCCGAGAGAACAGGAAGAUCCGAGGGGACGAGUGUCUCACACCUCAAACUGGCACAGAGCAGAAGAAUGACUGGGACAAGAGGAACGAGAGGAGCAACUCUCACACUGAGGACCAACCUGUGUUUACAGGUUACAUGAUGGACGGCAGGCUGGUGCAGGUAAAAGGGGAGAGUCAGUGUGUUUAUCCAUCAGAUGGAGGACAGAUUAGUGUUGAGAGAGUUCACUAUGUACAAGGUUCCACUCAGCUGAAAGUAGUUGUGAGAAAAAAUGGCCACUGUUUCUACACACACAUCACAGAACCAGAGAGACAGAACCCUCAUGAUCAGCAGCAGAAAAACGGCUGUUUUUAUGCUGUACUGAGUAACGGACUUACACUUGCCUACAGUCACACACAUCAGGACUGUGAUGAUGUUUCUCCUCUUCAGCUCCACGUUUCUCUUCCCACUGGCCUUCAGAUUUACUUCAGCUUCCAACACACCGCAUAUGAUCAGAGUGUGUUGGUCCAUCAGUCACUCCCCGCUUCAGGAUCCAAAUUCCCUGCCACACACACUGAGUCAUCACGUACCAUCACCUGUGACGGAGCUGUGAUCAAACACAUGAGGGACGGAUCUACUGAGGUGCUGUUUGCUGAUGGUUCAGUGAGUGUGAGUCCUGACUCAGGGCCAGUGUGUGUGACUGUCUCAGUAAAGGACGAGGACACAUCAACACCGAGCAAAGACACUAAAGUUAAAUCCAGCUCAGGUGCUGGAGUACAGGGUGUGGAGCCAACAUCAAAGGUAGAGCUUAAAGAGCAGGACAAGAUAGCAGGUGGUUUGUGGUGCACCACAACUCCAUCAGGAGUUAGGAUCAGGACCAUCAGAGGUGAACGGGUGGAGGAGAAACCUGUCCAGACCUUCUACAGCACUGACCCACAAACACACAGUGUGGUGAUAACGAGGGAUGAUGGUGUGUUGUGUGUGUUGGAGAAACACAGAGUUGUAGUGGAUCACACUGAUGGAACCAGAAUGACCUCCUACCAGCAGAGGGAGACACUGAACCAGCAGGUCUCAGGCAGCAGUGAUAGAGGGAGAGUGAGCAAGGUGAAGGUAGAGAAGAAUGGAUUCGCUACAGUCAUGAUGAAGUGUGAGGAGAAAAGCAGCGAAGUUCUCUUCAGAGACGGAACCACCAUCAGUGCUACUGCCCAUGGAUCAUACAGGGUGUGUCUGUCUGAUGGAAGCUGUCUAUCUCUCUCUGAGGAUGGUGUGGCUGUGUACAGCAGUACAGGACCUGAAGGAGAACAAUGUGGACGUUACAUCAUGAGUCACUCUGAGGGUUUAUUGUGUGAGCACACUGACUCAGAGGGAAACCACUACCAGGUCACGGCAGAGGGCGGAGUCUCCAUCUCCCACACACACAAUGACAUGGAGAGUGAGACACAACACAACACUGGUCCUGAUACACACACACCACGGUUGUUUAUAGUGUAUGCUGAUGGAUCUGCUCUGGAGUUCCUCUCGUCUCAGACUGUAGAUACGAUUCUGCAGAAGCAGAACAAAGAUCCCUCAGUCGCUGUGAUGAGAGAACCAAUACCUCACACACCCGAGGCGUUUGAAAUCACAAUCCUGAAACCCUUCUCUGACCCGAGCUCCUAUUGGCUCUCACCCAAACACCUGGAUGACAUCAUCCCUGCUAACCUCAAAUCCAGGAAGUGGGACACGUUCCCCGCCUCUGAGGCGAAGACCCCCGGUUCUCCGUUCGGAGUGUCUCUGGGUCGAGGCUUAGAGCUGAAGGAGAGAACCACACUGAGUUCUGAUCCAGCUUCUCCAGUUCUACAGAACCCCGACACAUUGCUGAUCCGCCGCAUCACUGAACACACAUCAUUCAAACAACAACACUACGAACACCUGCAGAACAAACUGCUGUUCUACAUAAAUCAGCUCCUGCAGAGAGAGAAGCUAAACGAUGAGAUGAAGCUGAAGGAUCCUCAAACAGCAGAGCAGGAACUUCAUCAGUCUGAUCUUCUGCAGUGUCAGUCAGACUCAACACCUCAGUCCAUGCUGUCUCUGUACUCUCAGGCUGUAUGUGUGUCUAAGUCUCUCCUGUCUAAUCAACACUGUGAUCAACAAGUACAACAAGCAACAUACUGUAAACAGAAGCGUAUAUCUGGGUGGGAGAACAGAAUCCACCAACACAGGUUGAAUUUACAGGAGGAGGCGAGACAUCGUUACGCUCUGAGAAAUCACAUCAUCACGCCGUAUUUCCAUCCUGAGCUUCAGGAGAUGAGUCUCUGUGUCCACCAGCCGAGUGACACCACAGUCUUCCAUCAGAACCUCUAGAUCAUCAGCGUGGAGCUCGUCGUCUACUCUACAUUCUGUUGUUAUAAAAAGUUCACUAUUUUCUUUAUUACACAUUUCUAAUAAUGUUCAAAUGUACAAUUCACCAGGAUGAAAUAUCCUGAGGAGAAAACAGACGAGUGUAAAAACCUACUGAAGACCUUACAGAGUUCAUGUUGAUUCACAGGAGCUGAAGUCAGCGCCGUGUUACAGACGUUUUUAUCCACAAAUCAUUUAUCACAGACGAUUAAAACAAUCAGAUCUUUUUAACAGACACUCAGGUGACUUUAUAAAGUUACAGAAGUUUCCUU